ACAUAUUAUUUUCGAAAUCAUGGAUGAGAGCAGUCAAAAUUCCAGCGAGCUCCUCUUGUUCGAUAAAUCAACCGAAGUGGUCCUGUAUCCGGAGUUAUUUGCGGAAGAACCCCCUUCGUUGGAAGCCGAAAUCAAGCGUGGUAUCAAAGAGUCGAGGCAAAGACAACGAAAAGCGCGAAAGGAAAAACGUAAAGCCAGAAGAUCCGCUCAGAAGGAAACUCCCAAAAUUACGAAGAUAGUAUUUUCAGCUCCGGCAAAGUUUCGCGGUUGUCGUCAUAAUGAAACUAUCGUAAUCGACAGAGAGAUACUGAAUCCCGCUGAACACAUUCGACUUUUGGCAACGCCACGGGCUAAGCCAAAGCCGCAGUAUUUUCGUCUUGUACGAAAAACGAUUCCAGCGGCUACCAACCACAUCAGAACCCUCGCUCAACCGAAAGCAUACUACGUGGAAGAUACCCUAAAACUCCACGCCGGUCACCUCAAACCGCAUCAGGUAGAGCGAAUGAACGAACGGCUAACUGCCCGUGAUUACCUAACCAUACCGGAGUCACGCCAGUUUGCCCGCCAACAGAAACGGGACGAGCGAAGGUGGUUGCGGCAUCGAGAGCGACAAGCUCGUAUGCUGAAAAAGAAAAUAGUUCGUUUGGAGUUAGCUUACCUUCGGGAUAUCAUGGAGAAAGCCUACCGUCAAAAUAGGAGCUACUUCUUAGAUGCCGCAGCAACCCCGCCGCAAGAUGAGCUCGCCAUAGCGUCCGAAGUGAUACUGACACGAAUUUGUCAGCUUAUUGGGGUUGAUGUCCCUCGGCGAAAUGGCGGCCAUGUCCUGGAUAAAUACUACUGUCAGCUGGGUGAUGAAGCUGCGAAGUGGAUGUGGCAUAUCAUGCAAUCCAGUGGAGUGACAUUUGAGCGCCCCGAAGACGUAGAGAAGCGCCUAUCAGCGGCUUCAAGCAUUUUCGAAGAUCAAACCAAACUAAGGCAGGGAAGUGAAGGAGAAGAGUGGGAAAGCGAAGAGGAGGACGACUCGAUCAAAGACGAGACAACAAAGGACAUCGUAACCGGAAUGCUGGAAUCUUGCAUAGCUGCUGCUGUUUUGGCCCUGCAUGACGUGGAGAGUCAUACGACCUAUGGAAGCAAUUUCGUCGGGGCUCAAAGUGUGUCGCAAACGGCUGUACGGUCGGUUCCUAGCGAAGAAACAACCAAGACCGAGCGGGAGAAGGGGUCCAAGGUGAACUUCGUUCCACGGACUUCAUCGAUUGCUGUGGAUUUGAGUCGGUCGGUGGUGGAAAGGGAAGAAGGAGAGCAGGACACGGAAUAAAGUAGAAAAUGUAUGAUUAUCCUCGAC